AUGACCUCCGACGCUAACGCAGCACUCAAACUCGAGAACCUCUUCGCCGUCAAUGGACUCAUCGCUGUCAUCACCGGUGGAGGUAGCGGUCUCGGCUCUUAUAUGGCGCGCGCCCUAGCCCUCAAUGGUGCGGCGCAUGUGUUCAUCCUCGGCCGCCGCCAGGCUUCUCUGGACUCCGUCGCUUCCACGGUCCCCGGCAAGAACAUCCACCCGGUCGUGGCAGACGUGACGUCCAAGGACAGCCUGGCUGCAGCGGUGAAGACCAUCACCGAUCAGCAUGGCGUCAGUGCUAUCGACGUGCUGGUCGCCAAUUCGGGCAUCUCCGGCCCUUCGGUGCCGCUUUACGACGAGAAGCAGCAGCCGCUGCCCGUGGAGAAGGUGAUAGAGAACAUGUGGAAGCCUGAGACGGACGAGGUGACGGGAACGUUUGGCGUCAACGUCACGGGAAUUCAUUUUACUGUCGCUGCCUUCCUCCCCCUCCUCGUCGCCGCCAACAAAGCGCGUCCCGAACCCACGUUAGACAACUUCCGGCCCCGACCUCAAAUAAUCACAACCUCGUCCAUCGGCGGCUACAACCGCCGCCCCCUCGCCAACCUGUCCUACGGCCCCUCCAAAGCGGCCGUCCUGCACCUCAGCAAACAGCUCUCCACGGCGCUCGUGCCCUACGACAUCCGCGUCAACUCCAUCGCCCCGGGCCUCUACCUCAGCGAGAUGACGGGCGGCAUGUACGCGCGCCAGGGCAAGACCGAGGGCCACAAUGUCGAGGGCACGUGGGACAAGACGAUGAUUCCCGCGACGAGGGGGGGCGAUGAGGCGGAUAUGGGGGGGUUGGUGCUGUGGCUGGUCGGGCGCGCGGGCGCGUAUGUCAAUGGGGCGGUGCUGGUUACGGAUGGGGGGAGGUUGGCGGUCGUGCCGAAUAGCUAUUAG